AUGAACGAGCGAGGCGCGAGGCGCGGCGCGGGCGCACCCUUCUACGCGCCGCCUCGACGCAAGACCUCGGCGGAGAUCAUCAGCGAGGCCCGCGCUGCCAUUUAUGGAGAGAUGAGUGGCGCAUCAGGCGGCGCGAGCGGCGGAGCGCUGCGGCCGUUGCGCACGCGACGCCCGUUCACGCCUCGCGAACCGCAACGCACGCUCUUCGCCGAGCGCACACGCAAGAAGGAGCCGCGACCGCCUAGCGCUUUUGAUCUGAAAUACCUGAGCCUGGCAGAGAGCGGCGAGGAUGUGGAGCGGUUAGCUGCUGGCCUGGCUGAGAGCCCCCUCAACGGUGUGCUAGCACCAGAGCCACAUAGAGAACAUGUCAAGAAAAAGCCUCCGAUCCGGAACCAGCCUCGCUCGGUGCAGGAGAGGUCUGGAGACGGCUGGAGCGGCUUCACCAAGCUGCCGCACCUCAAUGGUCGCAGCAAGCCGCUACACCGGCGGAACACCACCGGGCCUCAUCCCGUGGAAGAACCAAAACCAGAAUAUGAAUUGUCUCAAGCAAUCUCAAUCACUCGACCUCUAGGCAGUCACGGUGACGAUCUCAGUAAACCUGUCGAUGUUCAGAAAUCUGCAAGUCCAGAUCGUGGGAGCAGCAAGCGCAAGCAGUUUGCGGCUGGCAAGUCGGUCUCGUGUGACGCCAGCACCGGGUCCUUCGGAGACAUCGCUGUCAGACACCUCGCCGUACAGCUGCCCAACACCUCCAUACCGGACUAUGACAACAUGAGCGUCCUAGAACUAGCGGAGGCUCUUUCGCAGAGGACGCGGGACUCGGACCGUACAGUAUAUCUGAUGGAAGCCCUGCAGUCAGUCCUGGUGAAGAGCAGUCCGGCGAACAGCCUGCGGGACAUGGUGCUGCGAGCGCUCUACAUGCACAUUGACAGCGAAGAUGAGCGGGUGCUCGUUGCUAUUGCUCGAGCUUUGCUGACGAUGCGUGUGACUGGUAACCACUUGGCAGCUGCGUGCAAGCUCGUGUUCAAAAUUGCAAGGAACGAUAAAAAUGACCAUUACUUCAGGAAUACUGACCUUUUAGACCUGCUGGUGGAAGGGUGCGGGCGCGCUGACCCUCUAACUGAAGGCGAGUGCUGCGUGUACGGCGCAGGCGCGCUGCGAUUCCUAGCGCUGGACCCACGGCUCUGCGCGCUCGCGCAUCGCGCCGGCGCACUUCAUCUCGCUGCUUUACAUUUGAAGAUACUUAAUAACGCUAAAGCGGAGAACCCUCGAGCAGUGUCGGAGCAUUCAACUCACGCGCUAUACCAGCUGACCGGCGCUCUGCGCAACCUUGCGGGCGCAGGGCAGCGUGAUGUGCGGUCGUUUGUACAAAGCGGCGCCCUCGCCGAGCUGCUCGCCGCGCUUCUACACCACACCGACAGAGAUGUCCUUACCAACGUCGCUAGAUGUCUUAGCGUGCUGUCAGCAGAGGAGUCGUGCUGCAGCUGGCUGUGCGCGUCGUCGCAGAGUGCGCACGCGCUGCUGCGCGCGCUGGCCGCGUGCGCCGCGCGCGCGCCGCUCGCCGUGCGCCUCGCCUACACGCUCGGCAACAUGGCCGCCGCCGACGAACAGGCGCGGGUCAAUAUUUACAACGAGGAAGGUGGCGUCGAUGUUCUGCUCACGAUACUAGAGUCGUAUACGAAACGCAACGAGAUCGAACUGAAAGACCCCGAUGAUCCUGACAUCCAUCUUGUUGGUUCAGAUCUAGGAGGAUCAGAUGGUUCCAAUGAAGAUGUCCUUAUCAAGACGGUACGAGUGGUUGCCAACCUGUGUUUAGCGGAGCGAGCCGGGAGAGGUUUGGCAGCGACGCAUGCCGAGCGGACCAUCAGGGCACUGCUGGGCUGUCUCAAGUUGGCAGAAAAGUCUGCUGACAAUACGGUGCUACAGUUAUCAGAGGAACAACUCGCGAGCUGGACGGAGCGACGCGACGAAUUGGCGACGGCUGCGCUCGCAACGCUGAACAACAUCACCUUCUAUCGCGAGCCGCCCGAUCCCGACCCGCUCGAUGAUACGCUAGACUUGCUGUGUCGAGUGACCUGCCGAUGGUUGAAGGGGUCUGGUAUGGCGGCGUGUGAGGCAGUGCGUGCUCUCGGCAACCUGUCCCGGUCCACCAGCGCCGCACAGCUGAUCGUUAUAGAGGGUGCUCUCGAGAAUCUGGUGCCGUUUUUGCAACAUGAAGACGCAAGCGUCCGGUGCGCAGCGGCUGGCGUGCUGGUGAACGUAUGUGGCGCGGGCGUGGAGAGUGCAUGCGCGGCUGCGCUGGCGGCGCGCGCUUUGGGCGCGGCCGCGGCCUCCGGGGACUCGCCCGCCGCCGCGCUGCUGGCGCGCGCACUCUGGAACGCGCACGCGCACUGCCCGCUCGACGCCACGCAUGCGCACCAAGCGGCCACUGCGCUCACCGUGUUUAUUGACGACGACUCGGUGUUCGCGGCGUGCGAGGCGGCGCGCGGGUCCGACCGCCGAGCUAGCGACCCUGCCAUUUCGAAACACGACACCCGGGUAAAGUUCGACAUAGACAACAACAACUAUUCGCCUGACAAGCCGAAGCCAUUCGUGAAGGCUUACAGCGUCGACCAGAACCUGCAUUUAGGGGAACACUUGGAGAACUCCGAUGACGACCCCGAUAGGAACUGCUUCUCGGGAGAAGACCUAGGGUUUGAAGAAGGUGAUAUGCCAGCGGAGAGUGAGUGUGAAUGCGCUCCGUGUCGACGCCUCGCAGCUUGGGAAGAGCUGUUAGGAGUAGCCAUACCUCUUCUUGAGAAGCUGUCGCCUAACACUGCCGAUGCCUCUGUUGGUACUGAUUGAAUUCCCUCAGCAGAUUUUCGUUUAAAAAUGGUCGAGAGGACUGUUUAUACUGAGUUAAAGUGAAGUAUAAGUUGUCUUAGCAACGGAUUUGCCAAUCAAUACAAAGGAAGAAAUCUGAACGCUCCGACCGCUUUGAUUCGUCGACUGGACGCGCAAUUUUACCCAAGUAUCUACUUAAUAAGUACCUACCUUUCAUGAUUAUAAAGAAAAGAAAUUAAUAGUUUCAGGAGUUGUCUAUGUGACGUGUAUAGGCUGUUUAUGUUCAUAAAUGAAUCGGAUAUCGCUAGAGAAUUGAGAUACAACAUUUUACGCGCAACUUAAUUUUUUUUUUAUAUUGCAUAAAUCAGCGUUAUUUGCCAGCCAUACUACGGGUACUAAUAUCGCUUAAGUGGGAUAUAUUCAAUUAAAAAAACUAUUUUUAUUCUUUCGAACGUAUUGUUUCUUUCCCAGCCAGUAUAGAAGAUUCAUCCACCUAAGAUUGAUGAUGUUUCAAUUAAGUAUGAAAAUUUUCGAAUAAAUUUUUCGUUACAGCAACUUUUGAUCUAGUCAUGUAAAAAAAUAUGUUUUGUAAAUAUGAACGUCUUUAUCAAUUAUUGUUUGUCCGUAUCGUUAUC